CAUUAUUACAAAAGCAAAACCACACUCUAAAAAGCCACUCACUAAAAACACUGGUCAGUAAACAGAGAAGAAGAACAAGCUAUGUCGUCUCACUCCUCUAUCUUCUUCUUCUCUGACCUUUAAACAAGCAAAAAAACCCCUAAAAUCUCCAAAUCCAUACUAUCAGUUCUUACAAUGAUGCUUCAAAGAAGCUGCAUUGUACUUUUCUCACUUUCUCUGUUUGUUCCACACAUGGGUUUCGCCAUGCUCAACAAAACUCUCCUUCUCAUACCACAUCCCGACCCAGAGCUAGUCGCUCAUGAUGUUCAUUGGAGGGUUAAUGCCUCUAUAUGGAGACGUCAAGCUAUGGAUACGACGGACCAGGCCGGUUCAAACCAGUGCUUCACGGGUAACCCAAUCGAUGACUGUUGGAAAUGUGACACAAACUGGCCUAAUAACCGACAAAGGCUAGCCGAUUGUGGAAUCGGUUUCGGACAGUAUGCCUUGGGAGGCAAAGGCGGCCGGUUUUACUUCGUCACUGAUUCCUCCGACGAUGAUGUCGUCGACCCUAAACCGGGCACUCUCAGAUAUGGAGUGAUACAAGUAGAGCCACUGUGGAUAGUGUUCCCAAGCAACAUGAUGAUAAAAUUAAAGCAUGAGCUAAUAUUCAACAGUUACAAGACUCUUGAUGGAAGAGGAGCUAAUGUUCAUAUUGUUGGUGGUGGUUGCAUCACCCUUCAAUAUGUCUCCAAUAUCAUCAUUCACAACAUUCAUAUCCACCAUUGUCACCCAUCCGGGAAUACUAACAUACGGUCAAGUCCAACGCACUACGGAUUAAGAACGGAAUCGGACGGUGAUGGUAUCUCCAUCUUUGGAUCAAAGGACAUAUGGAUCGACCAUUGUUCUCUAUCAAGAUGUAAAGAUGGUUUGAUAGAUGCUGUGAUGGGAUCCACAGGGAUUACAAUAUCGAACAACUUCUUCUCACACCACAAUGAAGUCAUGCUUCUUGGUCACAGCGAUCACUACGAGCCAGACAGUGGCAUGCAGGUAACCAUUGCAUUUAAUCACUUCGGAGAUAAAUUGGUACAAAGGAUGCCUAGGUGUAGACGUGGAUACAUCCAUGUGGUUAACAAUGAUUUUACUCAAUGGGAAAUGUAUGCGAUUGGCGGUAGCGGUAACCCAACUAUUAAUAGUCAGGGUAACCGCUAUACGGCCCCAACCAACCCGUUUGCGAAAGAGGUGACUAAAAGAGUAGAAACGCCUGAUGGCGAUUGGAAAGGGUGGAACUGGAGAUCGGAGGGAGACAUCUUGGUUAAUGGAGCGUUCUUCGUGGCAUCUGGAGAAGGUGCUGAGAUGAGGUACGAGAAGGCGUAUAGCGUCGACCCUAAAUCUGCCGCGUUCAUCGACCAAAUCACAUUUCAUUGCGGCGUUCUUGGCGUUGGUGGCAGGAAUAACAAUUUGGGGAUGUGGACUACUACUGGAUCCGAAGGUAGUGGCGGUUUAGAUUCUUAUAAUGACUACAACGAUGAAAUGUCUGGCACCUGUUCAACCAACCGGUUAUCUUUGUCGGUUAUUGUUAUAGCUUUCAUGUUCAAUUUGAUGUCAUAUUUGUUCAUGUUGUUGUAACGUGAAUUUACCAAUUUUAUCAAGGAACAAGAAAAAAAUUGUUUCCAAACUCACUUUUGUGUAUUAAUUUCUUGUAAUGCCCAUGUUAUUUCUUUCAAA